UCUUCCUCUCCCACUCCCCCUGCUUGUGUUCCCUCUCUCGCUGGCUGUCUCUAUCUCUGUCGAAUAAAUAAAUAAAAUCUUAAAAAAAAAAAAAAAAAGAAUGCAGAAGUAGCCACACACAAUGUGUAAGGAAACGAACAUGGCCGCACUCCAUCCAGGAAUCUCUCUUUGUGGACAUGGAAAUUUAAAAUUCACGUGGGGCUGUUAGUCAGGUGUGUGUGUGUCUAUAAAUCCACACCCAUUUUUAACCAGAAAUAUCCAGAAUACACUUCCAGCAAGAACACUUGCCAGUUCAGCUUCUUGUGAGGAAUUCUCGAGAAGCCAUGACAUUACAGUCAGCUGUGGUCCUCUGUCUGUCACUCAUCACAGUUCCUUCCAACUUUGCCAUUGAGAACAACAAAAAAAUAGAACACCCCAGGCACUCUCAAGAGGGUUGACUUAUUGCUGAGGACUACGAGAAUAAAGUUAUUACAGAAUGAGUCACCUGGAAAACACAGGCACAUCUCCACCAUGAUCUAAAAGGAUUUCUGAAUGUGGACCUUUAUUCAGAUUUGCCAUGGAGAAGAUCUCGGUGUCAGCAUUCUUGCUCCUUGUCGCCCUCUCUUACACUCUGGCCAAAGAUAUCACAGCAAAAUCAGGAGCUAAGAAAGACACCAAGGACUCUGGACCCAAACUGCCCCAGACCCUCUCCAGAGGUUGGGGUGAUCAACUCAUCUGGACUCAGACCUACGAAGAAGCUUUGUACAAAUCCAAGACAAGCAACAAGCCCUUAAUGAUUAUUCAUCACUUGGAUGAAUGCCCACACAGUCAAGCUUUAAAGAAAGUGUUUGCUGAAAAUAAAGAAAUCCAGAAAUUGGCAGAGCAGUUUGUCCUCCUCAAUCUGGUUUAUGAAACAACUGACAAACACCUUUCUCCUGAUGGCCAAUAUGUCCCCAGGAUCAUGUUUGUUGACCCAUCCCUGACAGUUAGAGCUGACAUCACUGGAAGAUACUCGAAUCGUCUCUAUGCUUAUGAACCUUCAGAUGCACUUCUACUGCUCGACAACAUGAAGAAAGCUCUCAAGUUGCUGAAGACUGAAUUGUAGAGAAAAAACAUCUGCAAGCUUUUCCCUCUGUGCCCAGCCCUGAGACUUGGAACCAGAGGAGAUCCUAGAAGACUUUGGAGAACACCAGCACACUGAUGGACAUGCUGAUUAGAUUAUGGUUAUUGUUAGUACAACAGCUAUUUUUUAAAAAUCUGGUUUAAAUAUACAUGUAUGAGAACAAUAUUGCAUACCAAGUAAGCCAUGCUUUUUUUUAAAAAAAAUAAUAAAUCCUUUUGGGGGUGUUCAGACUGUUAUUUUUCCCCCAACUUAGUCCUUCAGAGAAAAGCUAUUUAGUUCAUUCACCACAUAGAAUUUCUGGACACACUAAAUGUUCAAAGAGGAGACAAAA